AACAGUCGCCAUGGCCGCCGCGAACCACGUCCUGGUCAUAAUGCUUGCUGCGUCCGUUCAGGUGGGGCGCUUCCCCCCCCUCGCCAGCGCCCUCGCCGUCGCCGCCCCCCGCGCCUCGGCCUCUGCGGGCGUGAGCAGCGUCCUCGGAUCGUCUGGAGGCCUCAUGACGUCACACUCGAGUCCUAUGAAAACAUCCCUCGAGGGCGAAUCCUGCAGUUCCGUUCUCGACAGUGGCUUCUUGGAGUCGUCCUCCAAUGUCUCCUCCAUUGGACGCAAUGCGUCCUCUCGUCCUCCAAUGCCAUGGAGUCGUCCUCCCAAUGCCGUGGAUCGUGCCUCCAAUGCCAAUGAUGCAUGA